AUGGGAGAGGCUGCGAUCCGUACGAUCGUCGAAGCGAUUCACUCAUCUCCGACGCAGGCCGUCGUGUAUCUUUCCGGCGGCGCCUCCGUGGCUUUAGGUUGGUUGAUGUCGGUUCCCGGAGCUUCGAACACGCUUCUCGAAGCGGUGGUUCCGUAUUCGAGGAUAUCCAUGGUUCAAUUACUCGGCCGGGUUCCGAGCCAACACUGUAGCCAAGAAAUGGCGAGCGAGAUGGCUUUGCUAGCCUAUAACCGUGCGGUUAAGCUGUCUAGACCAGGAUUGCCGGUGAUUGGUGUGGGUUUUACGGGAGCAUUAGCAACUUCUCCUCCAAAGCGUGGUGAUCACAGGUUCUUCUUGUCGAUGAGAGCAUCUGACCGGAUCUGGGAGACUUCAGUUACUCUAACAAAGAACCUACGAACCCGACAGGAAGAAGACAAUGUGGCAAGCUGUGUUCUGAUUCAGGCUAUGGCCAAGGCAUGCCAAGUUUCUGGGGCACUUGCCUCUGGCUUGACCGACUCUGAGGUGCCUGAUGAGUCGUUAACCGAGUUUACUGAAGAACAAGAACUAGAGCAGCUUAUAAAUGGAAAACUGAGCUCUAAGAUUUAUCCAUUUUCUGGGGGAAAGACGGUGAUAGUUUCAAACCAGCCAUACUUCUACAAGAAAGCUGAACUCUUCCCAGGAAGCAGCUUUGUAAUUGGCGCUGACACUGCAGAAAGGCUUGUUAAUGAUCUUGAGUCGUUGCAGCCAAAGUACUACGAAGGAAGCAAGAAAAGGAUGUUGGAGGUACUUGGUGAUUGCAAGCGAACAGGCUGCAGGUUCCUUGUUGGUGGUCGCGAAGUAGAUGGUGUAUUUAAGGUUCUGAAAGAUAUUGAUAUUCCGGAGAAGAUAAGUGACAUGUUUAUCUCCAUUCCAGAGGAAAAAUUCCGGAUGAAUAUAUCCUCAACAGAGAUAAGAAAAAAACGUGAACUUACUAAAUAA